AUUCCCCGGAUCAGGAAAACCUAGCAUAUGUAGGCUAAGUACAGCGUGCUAAUGAGCUCGAAUGUUGUUGUUUUAAGUAAUUCAUAUUUAUAUUGAACACUUUAAUAUAUUAAGUAUGUACUAAAAUGGUUGAGAUGUAAAUAACACUAGUGGAUAUAUAAAGCACUGCGUGAAUAACAUUACACAGAGCAAGAAGACAUUUAGAGCUUCUGACUGUCAAUAAACGUAGUAAAAUGUCGGAGUCGGGUCACAGCCAGCCCGGGAUGUACGGACAGGGACGGAGGAGACGCAGACGCAGGGACAGGGAGCCUGGACCACCUGGACAAAACCUCUCCGGACCGAGUCGUGAUCGAGACUACGGCCCACGGGAGCGGAGAGAUGGAAGCGAGGAGCCGUCUGGUCCACUUCUUCAGAAAACUCCCAUCAUCCUGGCCAAACCACCAGGAGAAAGGGCAAAGUCGAGCGCUGCCAGCAGCGGCACUUUGUUGGAGAAGCCGAUUAUGCUGAUAAAAGCCAGAGAUGAAGGAGGCAAACCGGGGACCACACCAGAUGCUGCUCUUCCAAUGUCUGGCUCAGGAGCAGCAAAGCUGGAGAGGGAGGGUCAGCGUCCAACGCAGCCUGUGUAUCAGAUCCAGAAUCGAGGGAUGGGUUCGGCUGCAUCUACUUGUGCUGUUGAUCCUGUGAUUGGACAGACGAAGCUCCUCCCCCCUGAGAAAAUGAAGCACAGCAUUAAACUGGUGGAUGACCAGAUGAAUUGGUGCGACAGUGCUAUGGAGUAUCUGCGAGACCAGACUGACAUGCUGGUUGUGGGAGUUAUUGGGCUCCAGGGGAUGGGAAAGUCCACCAUCCUGUCUCUCCUCUCAGCCAAUAUGCCUGAAGAAGACCAAAGGGCGUACGUGUUCAAGGCCCAGACGCAGGAGAUCAAAGAGCGAGGGGGCAAUCAAACGACUGGAAUCGACUUCUACAUUACACAAGAAAGAGUGAUCUUCUUAGACACACAGCCAAUUUUAAGCCCUUCGAUCUUGGAUCAUCUCAUUAACAAUGACCGCAAGUUGCCGCCUGAGUAUAACCUGCCACACAUGUAUGUGGAGAUGCAGUCGCUCCAGAUAGCUGCUUUUCUCUUCACUGUGUGUCAUGUGGUCAUCGUGGUUCAGGACUGGUUCACAGACAUCAACCUCUACAGGUUUCUACAAACCGCUGAGAUGCUAAAGCCUUCGACUCCAUCUGGCAGCCACGAUAGUGUUGGUUCAUCAGGACCAGAUGAUGGUUCAGAAUACUAUCCUCACCUAAUUUUCUUACAGAACAAAGCAAGAAGGGAGGAUUUUUGUCCCCGAAACCUGAAAGAUAUGCACAUGGUUGUGGACAAGCUCAUGGCCCACUCCCACCUGAAAUAUAAAGGCAUGCUGUCCAUGUUGGACUGUAAUAUAUUCCCUGGACUGGGUCGGGACUACCUUGAAAAUGAAGUCAAUCUCUUCCUUUUGCCAAUUUUGGAGAAUGAUGGAGAUGACGCUUUGACAAGAGCAGGAUCUGGAUCUACUCCUCUUUUCUCUCUGCUGCCUGGCUACAAAGGCCACCCAAGCUUUUCCUCUCUGAUGUCCAAAUUGCGUAGCCAAGUCCUGGCCAUGCCACGCAAUCAACUUUCCCACACCAUCCUCACUGAGAAAAACUGGUUCCACUACGCUGCCAGAAUAUGGGAUGGGGUAAAGAAAUCCUCUGCACUAUCCGAAUACAGCCGCUUACUGUCCUGAACCACACAGGACACAUAUCUGAAAAUGGCAGCAAUGAUGAAGGUGUCAUGAGCAACUAGACCAAGGCUGACUCUUCAUUGGAACACCUGAUGUUCAGACAGUAGCUACAGGAACACACACUAAUCUACCAUAAAUAGGGAAAUAGAGCACGGAUUUCGGAUCUUCUGCCAACUUUUUGACUGUGUAGGAUUUGAUCCAUCAGUUGCGGUCUACAUCAGAGGUUAAGGGAAAAAGAGCUGAGCGCUGAAUUUUCACUCACACACUGCUCUUACAUUUAUUGCUCUAACCUGGUCUGUUAUGGUGGCUCCAUAACUCAGAUGAGUUCAUCACUGGGCACCAUUCAUGCACUGUACUGCAUUUUAUCUUAGCCAAUCCACCUACUUGGCAUGGUGUGAGGAAACAGGAGGAUCUGGAAAGAAAACCCAUGUGGAAACAGCGAGAUGAUGUGUAGAAACACCAGACAGGCGGUAACCCGAACUCAGGAUCAGACGACCAGCCCUGGAGAUCUGACGUGACAGGGCUACCCACUGUGCCACUAUGCCACUUAUUUAUUUGCUGUAAAUGAACAAAUUUAAAAUGUAGGUUGUAAGAUUACUUUGUAUGGAAACAAGUUUUUAUGUUUAAUAAAACAGCACUGAAAUUAAACAAA